AGUUACUAGUGACCAGCGAAGAAAAACGUCUUGUACGUUAUAUACUUAAGUUAACCACAAACGGCACACAGUUCAAUUCUAUCGUCUUCACUCUUACCGGUGUGACGUCUUAGUUUCUCAAGAUAAAGCCUUAAUUUCUCAGGCGGAAAGAUGGAGGGAAGCGAAUCUCAGAUCUAUCACGAGCGACAAAGACUUCAAUUUUGCCUCUUGCACUCGCUCAACAAUCUAUUUCAGGACAAGGACGCAUUCACACGGGAAAGCUUGAACUCAAUCGCGGAGAAACUCGUGGCCGAUGAUCCGAACAAAGAAACGUGGACGACGCCUCUCUCUUUACUCCUCAAGCCUCACCACAACACGCUCACAGGGAACUACGACGUAAACGUGAUGAUCGCAGCUUUGGAAGGGAAAGGCAAGAGUGUUGUUUGGCAUGAUAAGCGUCAUUCUGUUGAUCUUGGUGCAGAUAACCUAAUGGGUGUUGUGCUGAAUGCUCCGGUGAAACGAUACGGUGGGCUUUGGAGAAGCAGGCAUUGGGUUGUGAUGAGGAAAAUCAAUGGAGUCUGGUAUAACUUGGAUAGUGAUCUUGUGGUGCCACUGAGGUUUAAAGACGAAGAUGAAGUUAGGGGUUUCUUGGAUCAAUGUCUGAGUUCAGGUUCAGAGGUUUUGUUAGUCAACAAUGCUUGACGAUCAAGAACGUGAAUUUCGUUUCUUUGCUUCUCCCUGUGUAAUCAAUCAUCAUAUACCCCCAUUAAGUGUGAAAAUGUAUAUACAGCUCUUUGUAGUUUAAGUUCCAAUAAAGUUGAAUACUUUCUUGAGUU